GAUCCGGCCAGAAUGGAAGAUGGUUGGCCUUCAAUCUCGCUUAAUUCAUGGCCGGGGACAACAGCUCUCUGGACCCGACGGACAACAAGAAUACAACAUCACAAGGAGUCAUCUCAACUGACUGGUGUUACAUUCGUGCGGGACAUGCGGGACAUUCGUGCUAAAUCACCACGGACUGGUACCUGA